AUGUGGAGUCUGGCCCCAGAAUUCAAAGAGAUGGUUAAAGAGGGUUGGAAAACUGACAGGAGAGGGACAAGGAUGUAUGAGCUAGUAGGGAAAGAAAACAAACUAAAAGGAGCAGAUCCAACUGAUGCAGGCUUAAUAGAUGAGGAGAAUAGAUUGAAACAAGAAUGUGGUACUCUAAAUAAGGCAAGAGAGCAGUUCUUGAGGCAAAAGAGUAAAGUGAUGUGGUUAACACGAGGGGAUCUCAAUACUAAAUUAUAUCACUCCAUGCUAAAAACAAGACGAAGCAAGAAUAGAGUAUUUGUUGUUAAAGAUGUUCAGGGCCAAGAGCAAACAGAGCCUGGUAAGGUGAUAGAGGCAUUCAUUGAGUUCUAUACAAACCUGCUAGAUGAAGAAGUAAAGAAAGCAAUGUGGGAGAUAAAAGGAGACAAGACACCUGGUCCAGAUGGAUAUGGGAGUCAAUUCUACAAGGACAGUUGGGACAUAGUGGGAGUAAAGGUAACAAAGGUAGUGCAAGACUUCUUCAGAAUGAAACCAGUGCUAUCAACUAUCAUAUCGGCCAAUCAAAGUGCUUUUGUUGGGGGUAGAACCAUAGUGCAGAAUAUACUCAUUUGUCAGGACCUGGUUAGACUAUAUAAGAGGAAGCACAAUACACAGAGCUGCCUACUUAAAAUUGACCUUAAAAAGGCAUAUGACACGGUGGAGUGGGAUUUUGUGAAAGAAAUGCUGGAAGCAUUGCAAUUCCCUGAAAUUUUACUGGCUGGAGUGCUAAUCAGAGUGGGUGACAUGCCAGGAUUUGAGUACCACACUAAGUGUAAAGGGCUCAGGCUAAAUCAUUUAUAUUUUGCAGAUGGUAUGUUACUUUUCUGCAAAGGCAACUAUCAGUCAGUAAUGCUGCUGCUUAGAGGUUUUCAAACCUUUUCAAACACAUCAGGCCUACAGGCAAAUGCUGGGAAAUCAAACAUUUUCAGCUCAAAUAUGGAGAAACAAUGCUUAGAUGAUAUUUGUGCAGUUACAGGAUACCAGCUAGGAGCACUGCCAUUCAGAGAUUUAGGGGUACCAGUCUCCUCCAGGAAAAUUAAUGCAGUUGAUUAUGAAAUGCUCUUAGAUAAAAUGGGGGCUAGAAUAAGGGCAUGGAGUUCUAGGAACUUGACCUACGCAGGGAGAGGUCAGCUAAUAAACUCAGUCCUACUACAUGUGCAUACAUACUGGUCCUCUAUAUUCAUUCUCCCAAAGGAAGUUAUGAAAAGAAUAACUGCACUUUGUAGGAACUUCUUGUGGGAUAGACAAGAGGUAUCUAAGAGAACUCCUUUAAUGGCCUGGGACUUGGUGUGCAAACCUAAGCAAAAGGGGGGGGGGGGGGGCAGUGUAAUCUGGAAUGAAGCAGCUGUAGCAAAGUAUGUAUGGAAUGUUGCCCAAAAAGCAGACAACCUAUGGGUAAAAUGGGUGGAUCAUGUAUACAUAAAGGACCAAGACUGGUGGCAGUACUCUCCUCCUACAGACUGUUGCUGGUACUGGAGGAAAAUCUGCACCAUAAAAGAAAGAUAUAAAACUGGAUACGUGGAGAAUGGGUGGCUUAAAAAGGAUGGGAAGUACACUAUACAGAGUGGGUACAAAUGGAGGAAUGAGGAGAUGGAACCUUGGCCUGGAAGUAGAUGGGUGUGGAACCAAGUAAACGCACCUAAACACUGCUUCAUUAGUUGGUUAGCUGCAUAA